AUGGGAGACAGAAACGGGAAUCCCAAGAAGAUCGAGAACUUUGCCCACGCCGUGCACGCCUUCACCUCUCACUACGGCAAGGAUGAUGAUCAGACCACGGUGACAGAGGAAGAGCGGAAGAAGAGACAACAGGCGGCGGCAGAGGUGGCUGAUUCAUACUACACCUUCGCCUCGGCGGCGUACGAGAACGGCUGGUCCACGCACUUCCACUACACGCCGUUCCCGCCGUCGUUCCCGCCCAGCGACAGCACGAUCGCCACGGCGCUGGCCUUCUACGAGCACCGCCUCGCCUUCCUCAUGGACUUGAAGCCGCACAUGAAGGUCCUGGACGUGGGCUGCGGCAUUGGCGGGCCCGCGCGCGAGAUCGCCAAGUUCGUCGGCUGCGAGAUCGUCGGUGUGAGCAUCAACCAGGCCCAGAUCGACCGCGCCAUCUACUUGACCGCCAUGGAGGGAUUGCAGGACAAAUGCACGUUUGUGAGGGGGGAUUUCCUGAAGAAGAGGAAGAGACUCCCUCCUUAUACAUCAGCAUCAAAUGCUAAAGACAUUGAGCACGGCGCGCAGGACCUCCCCUUCGCCUCUGCGUCCUUUGACGCCGCCUACGCGAUCGAGGCCACGGUGCACUCGCCGUCCCUGCUACGCGUCUACAGCGGCAUCGCGCGCGUGCUCAAGCCGGGCGCCCUGUUCGGGCUGUCCGAGUGGGUGAUGACGCCCAAGUACGACCCGGCCGACCAGCGCCACGUCGGCAUCCGCAACCGGCUCGAGAGGGGCAACGCCCUGAGCAACCUGCACACCAGCGACCAGGCGAGGGAGGCCAUGAUUGGGGCGGGCUUCGAGAUCCUGCACGAAGAGGAUUUUGCGGCGCAUUUUGACUAUGCGAAGACGUUGGUGGAGGAGGACGCCAUCGUGGCAAGGGGCACGAGAAAGAACAAGAAGAGGAAGGGGAGCAGCAGCAUGGAGGCACAAGAGACCACCAUCACCCCUGCAGGAAGGAGUCCUCCCGCUCCUCUCUCCCAGCAUCAAUCGCCAGUUCUGACCCCCUCCCCCACCCCCCGGACGACGUACCGGGCGUGGUGGUGGCCGUUCGUGGGCGCGCGGCACCUGGCGACGACGUGGACGGACUGGUGGACGGCGUGGAAGAUGUCCGCCUGGCCGCGGCGGCUGUGCUACGGCAUGGUGUGGGUCGGCGAGCGCGUCGGCCUGUGGGACCGCGGCGUCACCGACGCCAUGGUCACCCUGGCCUACUGCGUCGACAGCACCGCCGAGGCCGCGCGCGAGGAGAUCUUCAGCCCCUGCUGGUGGUUCAUUGGGCGCAAGGUCCGGGCCGACGAAGCGAGCGUGGCGAGCAGCGUGAAGAUCGAGACGGACGACGGGAUCAAGGUCACGGCAGCGGAGAUGGGCAUGGACAACAGGCGAGGGAGCACGUAUUGA